CCAACGCGCACGCGGGCGGCCCCAACGCGCACGCGGGCGGCCCCGUCGCGUGCCCCGCGGCCACGCUCGGCCCCGCCAUCGGCGCAGCCCCCCAGGACACGUCCAUCCGCAAUUUGCACGACUCGAGCCCCAACAAAUACGCGCCUGUCCAGAACACACGCACAUCUCUGGCUAACGCGUACCGGACUGUCCCUAACGCGCACCAGACUGUCCCUCACGCAUACCACACUGUCCCUAACACACACCAGAACAUCCCUAACGUAUACCACACUUUCCCUAUUACACACCAGACUGUUCCUGUUACACACCAGACUGUCCCUAUUACACACCAGACUGUUCCUGUUACACACCAGACUGUCCCUAUUACACACCAGACUGUCCCUAACGCGCACCACACUGUCCCUAACGCAUACCACACUGUCCCUCACGCAUACCAGACUGUCCCUAACGCGCACCACACUGUCCCUCACGCAUACCACACUAUCCCUAUUACACACCAGACUGUCCCUGUUACACACCAGUCUAUCUCUAACACACACCAGACUGUCCCUAACACACACCAGACUGUCCCUAACACACACAAGACUGUCCCUAACACACACCAGACUGUCCCUAACACACACAAGACUAUCUCUAUCGCACACCAGACUGUCCCCAUUACACACCAGUCUAUCUCUAACGCACACCAGACUGUCCCUAUUACACACCAGUCUAUCGCUGACGCAUACCAGAUUAUCCCUAACGCACACCAGACUGUCCCUAUUACACACCAGACUGACCCUAACACACACCAGACUGUCCCUAACACACACAAGUCUAUCGCUGACGCAUACCAGAUUAUCCCUAACGCACACCAGACUGUUCCUAUUACACACCAAUCUAUCGCUGACGCAUACCAGAUUAUCCCUAACGCACACCAGACUGUUCCUAUUACACACCAAUCUAUCGCUGACGCAUACCAGAUUAUCCCUAACGCACACCAGACUGUUCCUAUUACACACCAAUCUAUCGCUGACGCAUACCAGAUUAUCCCUAACGCACACCAGACUGUCCCUAUUACACACCAGACUGACCCUAACACAUACCAGUCUAUCUCUAACGCACACCAGACUGUCCCUAUGACACACCAGUCUAUCUCUAACACACACCAGACUGUCCCUAUUACACACCAGACUGACCCUAACACAUACCAGAUUAUCCCUAACGCACACCAGACUGUCCCUAUUACACACCAGAUUAUCCCUAACGCACACCAGACUGUCCCUAUUACACACCAGAUUAUCCCUAACGCACACCAGACUGUCCCUAUUACACACCAGACUGUCCCUAUUACACACCAGACUAUCCCUAACACAGACUCGUCUGUAGCCACUCCGCCCCUCUUCAAUGUCACCACAUCCGCCUCCGGCGCCGCCACUUGCGCAACAAACGCCCGCAGCCAUAACGGACGCACGACCAGCCCCACCGUGUCCGAGUUCAUCCCCGGCACGUCCACCGCCGGCCACGCCACGUCCACCGCCGGCCACGCCACGUCCACCGUUGGCUCGCAGGGCAGAGGGGACAAGUGGAGAGGGGAAAGAGAACGGGAGCUGAGGAGAUACGUGCAGAUGCUGUUAAGCCGUUCCCCGGGAAUUCCUCUGAGUGGGGAGUUUCGGGAGUCUGCAUCCGCUCUGGGCAGGGCCCCCGCCGAGACGCGUCCGCCUCAUCAACCUCCUCUUCCUCCGCCCCGCCCGAGUUCUGUCGGAGAGGCUGUCUGCUCACCCCUUGUCCCAAGCACUUGCAAGCCUCCUCCGCACGGCCCCACCGCCGCCCAUCCCGCCACCCCGCCCCUCCACUGCAGUGCCGCGUCGCUCCAGGUCAGCGGGAGGCGGCGUCCGUCAAGCCGGGCGCAGUCGCAGAGGUGCUGUGUGGCGGUAGCGCAGUCCGGCGAACAAGGAUCGGGACUCGAGGCGCUCGAGAUACAGGGGCGGGCGGGCGGGGCUGCCAAUUUUUUUCCGGCGUUGUACAACGCAAAACAGGCACGGUAACCGCCGAGAGUCGUCGUGGGGGGCAUGCAAGGUCACGUGACUUGUAACGCGCGCAUACGUUCGUUUAAAGGGUAUUUGGCUGCUGCUGGACAUUUCCAUUUUGUUGAGCUAUCGUUUGUGGCCAGGUUGCUUUUGAAAAAGAGCUACAGCAGACUCGGAUUAUCCGCAGCAAUGACGGGGGGGAGGGUGGCUGCGGAUCAUUCAAAAAUCCUAAAAUAUAACCACUUUUGACAGACCGAUGAUGCGCGUGCUCAUUGGACGGUGACACUUUCCCGCUCGCGCGCAGAAGACUCCGCCCCGCUCGGCAGAGCCACAGCCAAUCGGACAUCGAUCAAACGCCGCCCCGCGCCGCUGUAAAGACAUUGCAACCACUGUGCUGUUGAGGCGAUCGCGUGGAUUGUCGGAACGAACCGGAGCAACAUAUCUGUUCGGUUCAAGCACCUUGUGGCUCGCGAUGAACGUUUCCACAAGAAUAACGAUCAAUAAUUGUUGGCGCGCUCAUUUCACCAACUGGCUUUUCCUGGUGAGGGUCGCGUUGCCGGCCCCAUUUUGAGUAGUGGCGGUCCAGACGUCCCUUUUCCCUGGCGACAGAACUCUAGCUCUCCCUGGGUGAAUUCCCAGGCGUUCCCAGGCCAGCUGAGCGACAUCGUCCCGCUUGAGAGAAAAUCCACACGUUAUGAAUUUAUGUCAAGAUGCGAGGCGCGCGGUUAAUACGCAGAUCGGAGAGAUCGCACGCGGAUAAUCGACGGCCUGCUGUGUAUAGCUCAGUGGGCCUUACGUUGGUAAACUAAAAAAAAGUUUUUACUUCACGGUAAAGCGCUUGUUCAUUCGAUACAUGUGGGGCUCUGGCCUUGCCGAAUUAUCCAAUAUUCCGAUAAACAGCAGUGCCCCAGAGAUGGAACUUAAUUCGUUCCAGAAGGCCAUUCGAACACCGAUUUGUUCGAACACAGAAUACAUUUUCCCCAUAAGAAUGAAUGCAAAUGACAUCAAUUGGUUCCAGACGCAAGAAACCUCUCAUUAUAAAGCAUUUUUUUCACACGAAGUUCACAGUAAUUGCAUGCAUAAAAUCAUACAACAACAAUAACAACAACAAACUUUGUGUAUGGGUAAAAACCAAAAAACACUCGAAUAAAGGAAAUCAACGAAAAAGUCGAGGAACAACGUUUUGCGGGUAACUGCACUGUGGGCGAGAGCUACGUGUUAACUGAGCCUCUCGCGCAGGAAAACCUUUGCCCGGGCAAGCGUCGUGCACGCUGCCCACACGCGUCUCAGCCGUGUACAGGUUUUAUGUUUAAGUCGCGAUUGCCCCGUUCGACCGCCGAAUUUCGUUGGGUUUCCGGGGCAAAAAAAUGUUGGGAAGAAUCGUCCGAACGCCGAUUUUGUUCGAGUUCUGGUGCGUUCGAUCUCCCGGGCUCUACUGUAUUCCGAAUGACAUAUAUACGACGGUACUCGCCCCCCCUCCUCAGUGCCUCCUGCAC